UCGCGUGCGCCGAGCCGCUCACAAUCACGCGCAGCAAGCCGCUCACAAUCGCGCGCAGCGAGCCGCUCACAAUCACGCGCGGCAAGCCGCUCAAAAUCGCGCGCGGCGAGCCGCCCACAUUCAAUUGCCGGAAGUCGAGAACAAUCACCAGCAGCAAGUCGAGAACCGUCACCAGUAGGAAGUGAACAUACGCCUGUCGCCAGCCGCAAUGCAUCACCAACAGCAAGUCUUGAUCAAACGCCUGUCGCCAGCCGUGGCCCAUCGCCCAUAGCCCAAGAAUCUUCUUCAAAACCCAAUGCUACUACACCGGCCAAUCAAACGCCCAACGAUGAGGAUACACGUUCGCAAUCACCUAAUUUGCAGAUUGAUGAUCGUGCUAAUUCACGCUCACGUUCUCGUAGUCAAAGUCAUCGCUCACGUUCUGGCACACCUCGUUCCAAAUCUGGGGGCUCUUCCCGUUCUGGAUCAGGUUCAGGUUCACGUUCACGUUCCCGUUCUAGGAGUGGUUCAAGAUCACGUUCUCGAUCGCGUUCUCAUUCCGGCUCACGGUCAAAAUCGGGUACACCAGUAUCCCGCAAAUCUGCCAAGCCGGCCAGUGGUUCGGAAUCUGGUAGCGAUUUUGGUGCCCGUAAGAAGCGUAAAGCAGCUGCCUCAAGUGAGUCCGAGACUGAAGGUGGUCAGCAAAAACGAGGUAGUGGUGAAGAAAGUGAUGGUGGUGCCGUCGCAAAGGCAAAAAAGGCACGCAUAAUUGAUUCAGACAGCGAAAACGAAGAGCAAUCGCAAAAGAUUGACGCAACUGAUAUUUUUGGCGAUGCCGAUGAUAUUAGUUUAUCCGAGGAUGAGGGUCAAAAAUCCGAUGUAGCUUCACGCAAGAGCCGUUCGCGCACACGCUCACGCUCCAAGUCUAAAUCAAGCACACGCAGUGGCUCACGUCGCUCAGCAUCGGGUUCACGCUCUCGAUCACGUUCUCGCUCAUCACGUUCGCGUUCUCGUUCAAGAAGUCCAGCCCGUGUUGUGGAGCCGCAGCAGAAGGAGGACGAACCUGAACCAAUACCCGAAACCCGAAUCGAUGUAGAAAUUCCGCGCAUUGUAACGGAUUUGGGCAAGGAAAUACAUUUCGUUAAGCUUCCCAACUUUCUUUCGGUUGAUACGCGUCCUUUUGACACAGAAACGUACGAAGAUGAAAUUGACGAGGAAGAAACCAUGGACGAAGAAGGUCGCCAGCGUAUCAAAUUGAAAGUGAGUAACACCAUACGUUGGCGGGAAUAUAUGGCCAACAACGGAGACAUGGUGAAAGAAUCAAAUGCGCGUUUUGUGCGCUGGUCAGACGGUAGCAUGACUUUGCACCUGGGCAAUGAAACUUUUGAUGUUUAUCGACAGCCAUUACAUGGCGAUCACAAUCACAUGUUCAUCCGCCAGGGUACAGGUUUGCAAGGCCAGGCGGUCUUCCGUACUAAACUCACCUUCCGACCGCACUCAACCGAAUCAUUUACACACAAGAAAAUGACAAUGUCCUUGGCCGAUCGUUCGCAAAAGACCAGCGGUAUUAAAAUUCUCACACAAGUUGGCAAAGAUCCAACCACCGAUCGUAAGUUCAAUCUCAAAAAGGAAGAAGAAAAACUGCGUCAAGCCAUGCGCACACAAUCAAAGCCGCAGCCGAAGAAAAAGAAAGGUGGUGCACACGAUGCACAUAGUGGCGCUAAUUCAUCGUAUCAACACGACGAAGGCAGCGACGAUGAAAAUGCCAUUUCGCUCAGCGCUAUUAAGAAUAAGUAUAAGAAGGGGAGUGGUGGUGGUGGUGGUGCCGCGCCAUCGAUUACAUCCGAGCAAAAGGGUUCGGCCAUUUACUCGUCAGAUGAGGACGAUGGCUCUGACUUCGAGGGGCGUCGCAGCAAGAAGACUGACAAGUCCAAAUCGGUAAAAGCGUUGCGUGACUCUGACAGCGAAUCGGAUGAGGAGCGGGAGCAGGCGAGCCGCAAGGGUAGUGGUGGCGGCAGCGGUAGCGGCAGCGACAGCGAGGGUAGUGGCAGUGCCAGUGGCAGCGGCAGCGGUAGCGGCGGUGAAGAAGGUGGCAGUAAGCCUGACGGGGGCGCUGGUAGUGCCAGUGGAAGUGGCAGUGGCAGUGACAAUAAUGAGUAAACAACAAAUGAAUAAAUAAUAUUGUAUGUUUAUGUAUGUGUGUAUGUACGACUACUGUAUUGCAAACAAAGAGUUCGUCGUGUUGGACAAUGUGCAAAUGUGAAAUGUGUAGUUUGCAAAAACUUUCGGUAUUGUUACGAUUUUAAUUGGAUACUUGCUUGUAUAAGCAUGCACUGGACAUAAUGAAACUAAUAAAUAAAGAAAUGUAGUGUACAGAUAUGUGUA